AUAAAAGAACGGAGAAUGGGACACGUGGCGAGAGAAGAGUGGGCGAAAGAAAGAAAACCCGAAAGCGCGAAGCCGCUAAACUUGUUGCUUUGACUGCUCACAACAACAACGACAAAGCUCCCUCCCUCCCCCCUAAAAGCAGCGUCCCUUUACUCCUUUCUCUCUCUCUAUCUCUUUCCCUCCCCAUUAUAUGUAGAGCCCUUCUCUUUUCCCCUUAUCUCUCCCUCUCUCUCUCUCUUUCUGGUAUGACGAAGAGACCCGACCCGGUUUCUCCGAACCCGAGUGCCAAGGAGAUCCGUUACAGGGGCGUCAGGAAGCGUCCGUGGGGCCGCUACGCCGCCGAGAUCAGAGAUCCGGGGAAGAAGACGCGUGUCUGGCUCGGCACCUUCGACACAGCCGAGGACGCCGCGCGUGCCUACGAUGCGGCGGCGCGUGAGUUCCGCGGCGCCAAGGCCAAGACUAAUUUCCCUUCCCCUCUCGCCCCCAGCCCUAACCACAGCACCACCACCCUCGACUGUGCUUCUCCGCCGGAGCUCCAGCUCUGCCUCGGUGGCCGCGCGUGUUACCAGAUCCCGGUGGCGCGUCCGGUUCUAUUCUUGAACUUGAUCGGAAUGGGCCGGCAGAGUGACUCGGACUCGUCGUCGGUCGUCGAUUUCGAGGGUGGGUCGGGGAAGAGAUCUCAGCCGUUAGAUCUAGAUCUCAACUUGCCUCCUCCGCCGGAACAGGCCUGAGCUUUUGAUGCCUGCGUUUUUUUUUUAGCUGAGAGAGAUUACGUUUUCCGUAGUUUUUUUUUUCUCUCUCCCUCUAAAAAAAAUUAUUAUCCGUUUUUUUAGAUUAAAAAAAGGAAUCCAGAGGGGAAAAUUUAUUUUAGCUGACAUGUAAGGAUCGUUAUGUACAUAUUAUUACAUAAUCUGAGAUCUGAACUAAUGUUGUUUAGUGUUACA